AUGGAGGAGGCCAGGCUCAGAGAUCCCCCUGUGUGUCGCCCUCAGCCUGUGUGUCGCCCUCAGCCUGUGUGUGUGUGUGUCGCGCUCAGCCUGUGUGUCACGCUCAGCCUGUGUGUCGCGCUCAGCCUGUGUGUCGCGCUCAGCCUGUGUGUCGCGCUCAGCCUGUGUGUCGCGCUCAGCCUGUGUGUCACGCUCAGCCUGUGUGUCGCCCUCAGCCUGUGUGUCGCGCUCAGCCUGUGUGUCGCCCUCAGCCUGUGUGUCGCCCUCAGCCUGUGUGUCACGCUCAGCCUGUGUGUCGCGCUCAGCCUGUGUGUCGCCCUCAGCCUGUGUGUCGCGCUCAGCCUGUGUGUCGCGCUCAGCCUGUGUGUCGCGCUCAGCCUGUGUGUCGCCCUCAGCCUGUGUGUCGCCCUCAGCCUGUGUGUCGCGCUCAGCCUGUGUGUCGCCCUCAGCCUGUGUGUCGCGCUCAGCCUGUGUGUCGCCCUCAGCCUGUGUGUCACGCUCAGCCUGUGUGUCUGUGUGUCGCCCUCAGCCUGUGUGUCUGUGUGUCGCCCUCAGCCUGUGUGUCACGCUCAGCCUGUGUGUCGCCCUCAGCCUGUGUGUCUGUGUGUCACGCUCAGCCUGUGUGUCUGUGUGUCACGCUCAGCCUGUGUGUCGCGCUCAGCCUGUGUGUCGCCCUCAGCCUGUGUGUCGCGCUCAGCCUGUGUGUCGCCCUCAGCCUGUGUGUCACGCUCAGCCUGUGUGUCUGUGUGUCGCCCUCAGCCUGUGUGUCUGUGUGUCGCCCUCAGCCUGUGUCCUGUGUGUCACGCUCAGCCUGUGUGUCUGUGUGUCGCCCUCAGCCUGUGUGUCUGUGUGUCGCCCUCAGCCUGUGUGUCUGUGUGUCGCCCUCAGCCUGUGUGUCACGCUCAGCCUGUGUGUCUGUGUGUCGCCCUCAGCCUGUGUGUCACGCUCAGCCUGUGUGUCUGUGUGUCGCCCUCAGCCUGUGUGUCACGCUCAGCCUGUGUGUCUGUGUGUCGCCCUCAGCCUGUGUGUCUGUGUGUCGCCCUCAGCCUGUGUGUCGCCCUCAGCCUGUGUGUCGCCCUCAGCCUGUGUGUCGCCCUCAGCCUGUGUGUCGCGCUCAGCCUGUGUGUCGCCCUCAGCCUGUGUGUCGCGCUCAGCCUGUGUGUCGCGCUCAGCCUGUGUGUCGCGCUCAGCCUGUGUGUCGCGCUCAGCCUGUGUGUCGCGCUCAGCCUGUGUGUCGCGCUCAGCCUGUGUGUCGCCCUCAGCCUGUGUGUCGCGCUCAGCCUGUGUGUCGCGCUCAGCCUGUGUGUCGCCCUCAGCCUGUGUGUCGCCCUCAGCCUGUGUGUCGCCCUCAGCCUGUGUGUAGCCCUCAGCCUGUGUGUAGCCCUCAGCCUGUGUGUGUGUGUGUCGCCCUCAGCCUGUGUGUCGCCCUCAGCCUGUGUGUCGCGCUCAGCCUGUGUGUCGCCCUCAGCCUGUGUGUCGCGCUCAGCCUGUGUGUCGCCCUCAGCCUGUGUGUCGCGCUCAGCCUGUGUGUCGCCCUCAGCCUGUGUGUCGCGCUCAGCCUGUGUGUCGCCCUCAGCCUGUGUGUCGCGCUCAGCCUGUGUGUCGCCCUCAGCCUGUGUGUCGCGCUCAGCCUGUGUGUCGCCCUCAGCCUGUGUGUCGCGCUCAGCCUGUGUGUCGCCCUCAGCCUGUGUGUCACGCUCAGCCUGUGUGUCUGUGUGUCGCCCUCAGCCUCCUGUGUGUCUGUGUGUCGCCCUCAGCCUGUGUGUCACGCUCAGCCUGUGUGUCUGUGUGUCGCCCUCAGCCUGUGUGUCUGUGUGUCGCCCUCAGCCUGUGUGUCUGUGUGUCGCCCUCAGCCUGUGUGUCGCCCUCAGCCUGUGUGUCGCGCUCAGCCUGUGUGUCGCCCUCAGCCUGUGUGUCGCGCUCAGCCUGUGUGUCGCCCUCAGCCUGUGUGUCGCCCUCAGCCUGUGUGUCGCGCUCAGCCUGUGUGUCGCGCUCAGCCUGUGUGUCGCGCUCAGCCUGUGUGUCGCGCUCAGCCUGUGUGUCGCGCUCAGCCUGUGUGUCGCCCUCAGCCUGUGUGUCGCGCUCAGCCUGUGUGUCGCGCUCAGCCUGUGUGUCGCCCUCAGCCUGUGUGUCGCCCUCAGCCUGUGUGUCGCGCUCAGCCUGUGUGUCGCGCUCAGCCUGUGUGUAGCCCUCAGCCUGUGUGUGUGUGUGUGUGCCCUCAGCCUGUGUGUCGCCCUCAGCCUGUGUGUAGCCCUCAGCCUGUGUGUAGCCCUCAGCCUGUGUGUGUGUGUGUCGCCCUCAGCCUGUGUGUCGCCCUCAGCCUGUGUGUCACGCUCAGCCUGUGUGUCGCCCUCAGCCUGUGUGUCGCCCUCAGCCUGUGUGUCGCCCUCAGCCUGUGUGUCGCCCUCAGCCUGUGUGUCACGCUCAGCCUGUGUGUCUGUGUGUCGCCCUCAGCCUGUGUGUCUGUGUGUCACGCUCAGCCUGUGUGUCGCGCUCAGUCUGUGUGUCGCCCUCAGCCUGUGUGUCACGCUCAGCCUGUGUGUCUGUGUGUCGCCCUCAGCCUGUGUGUCUGUGUGUCGCCCUCAGCCUGUGUGUCUGUGUGUCGCCCUCAGCCUGUGUGUCACGCUCAGCCUGUGUGUCUGUGUGUCGCCCUCAGCCUGUGUGUCUGUGUGUCGCCCUCAGCCUGUGUGUCUGUGUGUCGCCCUCAGCCUGUGUGUCGCGCUCAGCCUGUGUGUCUGUGUGUCGCCCUCAGCCUGUGUGUCGCCCUCAGCCUGUGUGUCGCGCUCAGCCUGUGUGUCGCCCUCAGCCUGUGUGUCGCGCUCAGCCUGUGUGUCGCCCUCAGCCUGUGUGUCGCGCUCAGCCUGUGUGUCGCGCUCAGCCUGUGUGUCGCGCUCAGCCUGUGUGUCGCGCUCAGCCUGUGUGUCGCCCUCAGCCUGUGUGUCGCGCUCAGCCUGUGUGUCGCGCUCAGCCUGUGUGUCGCCCUCAGCCUGUGUGUCGCCCUCAGCCUGUGUGUCGCGCUCAGCCUGUGUGUCGCGCUCAGCCUGUGUGUAG